AAGCUGUUCUUGCGGAAAUAAUAAGCAAGCGGACACAUCCGCUAAACACAAAGCUGGCGGCGCUGAGUUUACACACGUUUGAAAUUUAAACCUUUUAUCCAUCUUAUGUUUUGGAAGCAUUUUUAAGUAAACGAUGGACCGCGGUUCGAUUGAACAGCUGGCAGAAGGAUCUUCCAUCCCCGGGAGGAAGAGGAAAGAAGACAAAAAGAAGAGCAGGAAGAGGUCCUCUUCCUCGUCGUCCUCCUCAUCCAGUUCCUCCAGCAGAAGCCGGAGUCCUAAAUCCUCCAAAUCGACUUCUCGCAAAAGCCAAGAUACUAAAACCAAAAAGAAAAGAAAACGAAGUUCCUCGUCAUCCUCGUCGUCCAGUUCAUCAUCCUCCUCAACUUCAAGUGAUGAAAAAGCGAAGCGGAAGAAAAAGAAGGCGAAAAAGAGGAAGCUGAAAAAAGAAAAGGCAAAGCUCAAAAAGCUAAAGAAGAAGGAGAAGAAGAAGGAAAAGAAAUUGGCCAAAAAAUUGGCCAAGAAGACGGAGGCUCCCAUCCCGCCCCCACCGGUGGCGGUGGAGGUGGUCCCGUCCUUCCUUGAGACCUGGCAGAGCGACGACGCAGCGGCGGAACUCGGGCCUGUGAUGACGGAUGAGCAGAAGGCCCGGCUGUCCACAAAGAGGCCCCUGACCAAGGAGGAGUACGAGGCCCGACAGAGCAUCAUCCGCAGGGUGGUGGACCACGAGUCAGGGCGCACCAGACUGGUGAGGGGAGAAGGGGAGAUCAUCGAGGAGAUGGUCACUAAGGAGAAACACAAAGAGAUCAAUAAGCAAUCGACCAAGGGAGACGGAAACGCCUUCCAGAAGAAGAUGGGCCUCAACAGGUAGACAGGAGGCCACGGGCUGAAGGCACUUCAAGAGGGCUGCCUCCCAAGCUGAUAUAGUUGUUGAAGUGUGGGGAGAAGGACCCGGCCCUCGUAAUGGCCAGGCAGCCGCUCACGCCUAGUGUUGUCUAGUUAUGUCAGGGAGAUUAAUUCACUCUACUGCAGUGCAGUGUGGUAAAGGUAGUUAUGUCAGAGGUAAAGUCACUCUACUGCAGUGCAGUAGUUUUACUGUUUUAAGUGCACUGUAUGACCGCCGCCUGGCUGAAACAUGCCAGCAGCCGAUCUGCUUUGAUGCCCGGAAUGCAGAUUAGCAAGCCUAGACACUUUAAAGAUGUCAAUCUUGUUACCUUGUUUUUUUUACUUUUUUUUAAUGUUAAAUGAUUUUUUUUUUUAUUCAACUAUGAGCUGUACAUUCAUAUGAACAACUUUCUGGGGUAAUGCUAUUUGAAGUCCUCAACAAGAAAUAAAACUAAUUUUCAGAAAUCAAAAA